CCAUGCUUCCAUUAGCAUUUCAGGCACUGAUCUUCAUUCGUAAAAUGGCCAACAAGAUUUUAAUUGGUGGCUCUGACUUUUACUAUUAAUCUGGCUUAGAUACUUUAAAUUUUGUUUUACUACAUUUGAAAAGGGUGAAGCCUUAAAGAGAGAAAAAUAAUAAUUGAGGAGAGAAGAUACUCAGAGAAAAAACAGAGGCUUCUCUGGAUUCAGGCUGUCCACUUAAAGAGAACUGUGACUUAUGCAGGGGACCUUAUCAUUGUAAGUAGCAUAGUUUUGCUUGUUUGGAUUAAUUCUUUUUUUAAAAAAAGAACCCUCACUCCUAACAUCGGAAAAUUUUCUGGUUCUUUGAUAUCUUUAAAAAGUGACUGAAUAUUUUCUAACAUCCACUGAAAUGGAAAGCUUUUGAUUUUUGAUUAAGACCUGAGCGUCUGGUUAUGAGUAUGAACCAGAUAAUCCGUUUUGAAUAUCAGCCUCCAGACUAUACGUGGCUUUUUAAAAAUGAAGAAGCUUAAACUACCUGUAAAUAGAGCAUAGGGGGCAAAGUCCCUAUCAACUGUAUCACUCUCCAUCCCUCUGAUCAUUUUAAAUGCCUGACACUGAAAACCUUCAUUAAAGGAGUGAAUCUUCCAACCCCACAGAGAGCUGCCUUUCAGCUGGAAGAAGGGUGUGUCCUGAGCUUUUACCGGGAGCAAUGAUGAUCUUGUCAAGCAUUUCACGGAGACCAGCCCAAGUUUUUAGGGUGGGGAUCUAGACUGGUUAUACGUACCUUGUGCUCUUCUCCCAGAGAAGGCAGAAACACCUCAAAGCCUGCAUGUAAGAACAUCUACUGAGAAAUUAUUUUAAUCAGACACCAGUUGAUUGGGGGAAAGAAAAAAGAACAGAGAACAAACAAAACUCUCUUGGUCUUGGAUGUAAGAGAACCCAGCUGCAAUGGACUGGCACUUUUUAAGAACAGCCACAGUGCUGCUCAUUUUUCUGGUGGUGGUGGAAAUUAACAGUGAAUUUCGAAUCCAGGUAAGAGAUUACAACACUAAAAAUGGCACCAUCAAGUGGCAUUCAAUCAGGAGGCAAAAACGUGAAUGGAUCAAGUUCGCUGCAGCCUGUCGUGAAGGUGAAGACAAUUCAAAGAGGAACCCAAUCGCCAAAAUUCAUUCAGAUUGUGCUGCAAACCAGCAAGUUACAUACCGCAUCUCUGGAGUAGGAAUUGAUCAGCCACCUUAUGGAAUCUUCAUCAUCAAUCAAAAAACUGGUGAAAUUAAUAUUACAUCCAUAGUUGAUCGAGAGGUCACCCCUUUUUUCAUUAUCUAUUGCCGGGCUCUGAAUUCACUGGGUCAAGAUUUAGAGAGGCCUCUUGAGCUCAGAGUCAGGGUUCUGGAUAUAAAUGACAAUCCUCCAGUAUUUUCUAUGUCUACUUUCGUAGGACAAAUAGAAGAAAAUUCUAAUGCAAAUACUCUGGUGAUGAGACUCAAUGCUACUGAUGCAGAUGAACCAAAUAACCUGAACUCAAAAAUAGCCUUCAAGAUCAUAAGACAAGAACCUUCUGAUUCACCAAUGUUUAUUAUCAACAGAAACACUGGAGAAAUUCGUACAAUGAAUAGUUUUCUAGACAGAGAGCAAUAUAGCCAGUAUUCCCUUGCUGUGAGAGGCUCAGACCGAGAUGGUGGGGCAGAUGGUAUGUCAGCAGAGUGUGAGUGCAACAUUAAAAUUCUCGACGUUAAUGAUAACAUCCCAUACAUGGAACUGUCUUCUCAUAUGGUUAGAAUUGAAGAAAAUGCUCUAUCUCAAAAUUUGCUCGAGAUUAGAGUAAUCGAUUUGGAUGAGGAGUUCUCAGCUAAUUGGAUGGCAGUAAUUUUCUUUAUCUCCGGAAAUGAAGGAGGUUGGUUUGACAUAGAAAUGAAUGAAAGGACAAAUGUGGGAAUUUUAAAGGUUAUUAAGCCCCUAGAUUAUGAAGCUGUGCGGAAUCUGCAACUUAGUCUCGGUGUCAGAAAUAAAGCUGACUUUCACCAUUCAAUUAUGUCUCAAUAUAAAGUCACAGCAACUGCAGUCUCUGUGACUGUGUUAAAUGUAAUUGAAGGUUCAGUGUUUCGUCCAGGUUCAAAGACAUAUGUAGUAAGGAGUGACAUGGGACAGAAUUAUAAAGUGGGAGACUUUGUAGCUACUGACCUGGACACAGGUCUAGCUUCAACAACUGUUAGAUAUGUAAUGGGAAAUAAUCCAGCUAACCUACUAAAUGUUGACUCAAAAACAGGCAUAAUUACUUUGAGAAAUAAAGUUACCAUGGAACAAUAUAAAAUGCUUAAUGGAAAAUACCAAGGAACAAUUCUAUCUAUAGAUGAUGCUCUUCAAAGAACUUGUACUGGAACAAUUAAUAUUGACCUUCAAGGUUCUGGGUGGGAAGAUGAUUUUGGAGAAGUUACCAGUUCUGAAAACAGUGGAAGUUCUACUGGAGAUAGCAGUGGAGGUACAGGUGGAGGUGGCAGAGAAAAUCCUAGCGAAGGUGAUACCACUACAAACACAGGUGGCAAAACUUCCACUGAAAAUGAAGGCAGUGAAACCCAGACACAGACCAAUGACGACUAUCCGGAAUUAGGUGGUAAUAACUUAAAUCUGUCAGAUAAUGUCCAUUUUGGUCCUGCUGGCAUCGGACUACUCAUCAUGGGAUUUUUGGUCCUAGGAUUGGUCCCAUUUUUGUUGAUGUGCUGUGACUGUGGAGGUGCUCCUGGUGCAGGAGCUGGCUUUGAGCCUGUCCCUGAAUGUUCAGAUGGAGCAAUUCACUCAUGGGCAGUAGAAGGACCACAGCCACUUCCCACAGAUGCGACCACGGUCUGUGUACCACCAAUACCAUCUGAUAAUGCAAAUCUAAUUGAAUGCAUUGACACAUCCGGGGUUUACACAAAUGAGUAUGGUGGCAGAGAAAUGCAAGAUCUGGGAGGAGGAGAAAGAACAACAGGAUUUGAACUAACAGAAGGAGUUAAAACGUCAGGAGUACCUGAAAUAUGUCAAGAAUAUUCUGGAACAUUAAGAAGAAAUUCUAUGAGAGAAUGUAGAGAAGGAGGUCUGAAUAUGAACUUCAUGGAAAGCUACUUCUGUCAGAAAGCAUAUGCUUAUGCAGAUGAAGAUGAAGGACGUCCAUCCAAUGACUGUUUGCUCAUUUAUGAUAUUGAAGGUGUAGGUUCUCCUGCUGGCUCCGUGGGUUGUUGUAGCUUCAUUGGAGAAGACUUGGAUGACAGCUUUUUGGACACACUGGGGCCUAAAUUUAAGAAGUUGGCAGAUAUCAGCCUGGGAAAAGAAGUUGAACCUUAUCCAGACCCUGAUCCCUCUUGGCCACCUGAGAGCACUGAACCAAUUUGCCCUCAGCAGGGAACAGAGCCCAUCAUUGGUGGACACCCUCCCAUCUCCCCACAUUUCGGUACUACCACAGUCAUUUCUGAGAAUACCUACCCCUCAGGACCUGGUGUACAGCAUCCUAUGCCUAUUCCUGAUCCUCUGGGCUAUGGUAAUGUCACUGUGACCGAGUCUUACACCACCUCUGGCACUCUGAAGCCCACUGUCCAUGUUCAUGAUAAUCGACAUGCAUCAAACGUAGUGGUGACAGAGAGGGUUGUUGGCCCAAUCUCUGGCACUGAUUUGCAUGGAAUGUUAGAGAUGCCUGACUUGAGAGAUGGAUCAAAUGUUAUAGUGACAGAAAGGGUAAUAGCACCAAGCUCAAGUCUACCCACCUCUUUGACUAUGCCUGAUCCCAGAGAAUCAUCAAAUGUGGUAGUGACAGAAAGAGUAAUCCGACCAGCUUCUGGCAUGAUGGGCAAUCUAAGUAUACACCCUGAGUUAUCAAAUGCCCAAAAUGUGAUUGUGACAGAGAGGGUUGUUUCUGGCUCUGGCAUAAGUGGUAUUAGUGGCCCAGCUGGGAUAAGUGGAGGCAGUGGCCUAGUUGGCAGUGCAAUGGGAGUAAGUGGUGGUGGCAUUGGGCUGAACAGCCUGGGAGGAGGUGGUGGCCUGAGUAGCAGCAUGGGGGGCACAGCCACCAUCGGUCAUGUGAGGAGCUCCUCUGACCAUCACUUUAGCCAGACCCUUGGAUCUGCCUCCCCUAGUACUGCCCGAAGCCGAAUCACAAAGUACAGUACAGUACAAUAUACUAAGUAGCCAGGAUCCCAGUACAUUUGUUCUCAGUAAUGGUGAUUUAGAUUCCAUUCCCACCACCAAAAAACUAAUGAUGCGUUUGAUGAUGUGCAGGUAGGUGCUAAAAAACUGUGGAACAAGGUCAGAAACCACAAUGAGAAAGACAGAUGGAAACAGUGCUAUUGAGCAAGAGCUCUCCUAGCAUUUGUAAACUUUUUUCUUAUAUUAAUACUAAUGGAAUCAUGACAGUGAAGUAAAACUUGAGACAGGGUCUUCUUUGCUUCUGUGUGGCCUGUCUUAUAUCUCCAGCAAAGGGAAUAAAUUAAACUCAGUCAUGCAAAACCACUGGCCUUAAGAUGGCUAUCUGCACAACUCUCCUUACUCUGUUUUGAUUUGCCAUGUAGCUCAGGCAAUAUUAAAAAAGGACUAAACAUGUAACAUGAGCUCACUUAUGUAGGAAGAAUUUGAAAUAUGUGCUAAGCACCUAGUCAAUUUCACAGAUAAUAGGAAUAAAAAUCCAACCAUGUAUUCAGACCAUGAUGAACCAUUAAAGAAAACAAAAUCUGGCUACACAAUCCAGUUCACAAGCCAUCAAGCACUCCUACCUUAAUAAUUGCACAAGAUAAAAUAAACCUCAAAUGAGGAACAAUUUCCUGGGAGGAAAUUUCCACAAGGGAAUGGCAAUAGGGGAGAUUCAUUGGGGGAAAACUGGAAAUGUCUGAACCUGAUCUUGAGAUGGGGCCUCAGCUAAAAUUCCGAUGGAGUCCAGGAGUUUUCUGAUUCUAGUUUGUGUUUUGUGGUAGAUGUGAAGUUGCAGAAUAUCACACUCAUUCUUCUCCUUAUCACUGUGGCUCUUACCUAAAGGCAGAAAGCUUGCCAAGUAUACUUCUCUGACUGAAGCAAGUAACACCUGACAUGGUUGUCAUCCCUAAUGGUAAAUUACCUUCCAAGGAAGCAGAUGGAUACCACUUUGUAUUUUCAGAUGUGUGUUUAGUAAGUGGAUACCACUUUGUAUUUUCAGAUGUGUGUUUAGUAAGUGUUAUUCACCUACAUCCAGCUCUCUAUUAUACAUCUCUUAAGUUAAAAUAAUUUACUUAAGCUGAGCUGUGAAAAAACUCUGCAGUAUGGUUAAGCUUUGGGGGGAUUUUAUUAAGGGGAUCUAAAAAAAGUUUUUAGAACAUGUAAAAUGUUUAAUGGGAAAAGUUAGUUCUGUAAAGUAAUGCUGUACUAUUAGUUUUAAUUGAGUUUAGUACUUUUAAAAACAACACUCUGCUGCUAUUUUAAAGAGGUCAACCAAAACCUUUUAACAGAGUUGAUGAUAUUGUGUUAACUUAUGUGAAAUUGUACUAGACAAUCCCAUAUCCUUACUCUAUCUCACUCCCUAACUAAAUUUUCUCACUAGAAUAAAUCUUAUACUCCUUAUUUAAUUUGUUGAUAAAACUCUUGGCUUAUAUAAUAUUCCAAUUUAUAGAUAGUUCCCAAAUUAUAUAGUAUGAUAUAUUUUUCUAGCUUCAAAAUUUAGCAAUAUACUAUUUAUGAUAAGCCAUUUCUGUGUGUUUGCUAUAUAGUAAUGCCUGGUUUAAAAAAAUUUCUAAAUAGAACCAAAGCAUUCUUAGACAGGGAUAAACCUGCUAUGGCAAGAUAGAGAAAUUUUUUUCUCAUUUCUAAAUUCAGUGUUGAUAUGAGCUCACUAAAGUGAAACUAGAUAUGACAAAAUUGUUCAAGGACUAUUCCCUGUCGAUUACUCAAAUUUCCCAAGGUAUUACAAAAUCCAAGAAUAGUCAACUUCCAACACUUUUCAAAGGGAGCUAAGGAGUGAACUAUUUUAUCAGAGCUAUUUUGCUCUAUGUUAUAGUAGAUGAUGUCAAUAUUUUCAAAGCCACAAUAUACAUCUUAUUUUACAUCUGUAGUCUAUGUGAAAUUUUGAUAGUCUGUAGCAUGUCAAAAUGCAGAGGUGUAAAUAAAGUCAUUUACAGGGACUCUUUUAUUUCUUUCUCCCAUUUGGGGAGGGGGGAGCUUCCAUUAAUGAUGGAUAAUCUUUCCAGAAAUAAAGUCAAAAUGUAUUUAUUGAAAUAUACUUGAUUAUGCUGGAUCCAGGAGUUUGAAGGAAUAAAAAUAAUUACUAGUUAAUUAAUUCAAGGGAAUGGUAUCUGACCAAAAGUAGCUUCUGUGUCACUUUGAUUUCUCAUCAGAAGUGUUUUUUAAAGACUCUGGAUAUCUUCCAAAAAAGUUUUUUAGAUUGUCUAACAAAUGCCAGAGUGACCAUCUUUAAUAACUGUUGUUAUGAAGAUCCAUUAGUAAAAAACCAUGGAAGAUAUAAAAAAUGACAGUAUUAGUUGUCAAUUUUUCUAGGAAGAUACUUUCAAAUAAAUUUUUUGUCAGGAUUACACACUGAUGUUCUAACUCUUUAUUCUUAAAUUUUAAAAUCAUCUUUUUAAGAUAUAGUUCUAACAAUCCUUUAAAGGCAUGUCAUUUUUUCAAUAAACAACCUUUGGGCAGAAAUCAAUUCUCCUCUGUAGAUCCUUUACUCCAACUCACAGACCUUAGGUCAUUCUACAGACCUAAGAUAUGGAAAUUAUUUUACAAGUAAAUGUUAUAAUUCAAAUCUAUAUUGGAGGCUGAAUCUCAGAUCAACAUGCUCUUAACAAAAGGGAGAGGAAAAAAUAGUAGUUUAAAUGUUCUGUGUAUAGAGUUUGAAAUAAAGUGAUGGUCCUUAGGGUCUGACUUCCUAAAGAUAUGGUCCUUAGGGUCAAAAAUUAGUGUGUCAUAAAUAUUUCAUAAUUUAAUAUCAACCAAAUUACCAUCCUGAGCUAAUUUUAACAUUUAGUUCCAGAUUUGUCUGCUACAUAUUAUUAGUCUGUAUGUAUAUUGCCAAAUGUAACUGUAUGCACUACAAAUUUACAGAAAAGUUAUCGCCUGGGGAUAUAUUUAGGGCUUCAUCUGGACAUCUGUUUACACUGCCACAUAGUUUUACCCUUAUAAUCUCCAUUCAAUGUAAUUUCCUGACAAUUUUAAUCAUAUAGCUUCAAAAAUUACAUAGUUGCUCUAACUGGAUGUUUUUAAUUAUAUACACAAUUCGUUUCUGAAUUUAUACCAACAUCUGAAUGUUGGUAUAAAUCAACCAGGGUAUAACACAUAUGAUACCCUCUAGCUAGAAUAGGAAUUUAAAGGUUUUAUCAUCAUUGGCUAGAAGAGCCAGUUUAGGAAAGACAUUCAAAAGCCAAAAUGAACUUUUAAAAGUAUUUGCCACAUUCUCCCAUACCUAUUUAAUAAAUUCCAACCUUUUGUAGGAUUUCUGGUAUUUUUAAGACUUACUUCACUUUGCACUGCAAUACACCAGUCUACACAGAUUACUAGUCCCCAUGAAAUAGAAUCUGCAUUCUGGUUCUAGAUUGUUCAGUUUAUAUUAGGACAACAGCACGAAUGGAUCAACCUAUUAGCCAUCAAAGAAUUUUAAAACAAGGAAUAAUCUAUUGUUUAACUGUCUGUAUUCCUUCCAUUUAGUUAUAUUUGAAUUACUAAACACUUUAUCAUCAAGCAGUACCUAGUCUUAUUUUUUUAUUUUGCUAUUUUACAAGUAUUUUUAAACUCUAAUAUUCAUCUUUGGUGAUGUUUAAAACAGGUGCUUUCUUUUAGGUUUCAAUAUAAAAGUUCUUGGCUCAUUUGGGCAAUAGUUCCUUGCUUGGUUGGUCCUCCGUUGGCUAUUUUAAGUCAGUUUGUAAUUUCCAAAGACUUAUGUUUACGGCAAUAAAAUGAUUGGUAUGCUUCCA